AGGUCAUCUGUCACACUGUGUCUGUGAGUGGCAGUCCUGUUCGAGACAGGGGACCUGUCCAGGUGGACCCUGAGUCUCAGCCCACUGCAUGCUGGGAUUGGCUGCACCUUUUAGAUACAGACACAAAGUGUCAAGUCCAGUCAGUAACUUCAGGGAAAUGACAACUACAGUCUCACUAAUACACACAGGUGGAAAUAUCCUUCAUCACAAUCAACAACGUUCAUCUCUGCCAUUAGAAACUAACACAAGUGACCAGCUGCAGGAGAGAAACCACACGGCUGCUGCACCCACCUCCACAGAGGAAAUGGUGGUUUGAACAGCUCUGAGACAAACAUUCAAAGUGUUUGAUGAUGUCACAUGACCAAGAGCUACCAUGGGACAAACAUGUCUUCAACGGCUCGUCUGUCUGACCUCACUGCUGAGCUGCACAACAAACCAAGCCUCUCUGACUGUGAGUCCCAGCAGCUCUCAGAUGUUUGAAGGAGACUCUGUCUCUCUGAGCUGUGAGGAGGAUGACAGCUCUGCUGGAUGGACUCUGAGGAGGAACACAACCAGAGACACCAGAACUGAAUGUGGAGCUGGAUGGGGAAGAUCAGCUGGUUCUGUCUGUAACAUCAGCUACAUCCUCUCAAAGCACAGUGGAGUUUACUGGUGUGAGUCCAGAGAGGGAGCAACCAGUAAGAGCAUCACCAUCAGUGUCACUGGUGGAUCAGUGAUCCUGCAGAGUCCUGUCCUCCCUGUGAUGGAGGGACAUGAUGUCACUCUGCACUGUAAAACAAAGACGUCCUCCAACCUCCCAGCUGCUUUCUAUAAAGAUGGCUCCUUCAUCAGGACUGAGCCUGCAGGUCACAUGACCAUCCGCCAUGUAACCAGGUCUGAUGAAGGCCUCUACAAGUGUGACAUCACAGGUCAUGGAGAGUCUCCACCCAGCUGGCUCACUGUCACAGGUAGACCUCCAACCACAGCUCCACCUCCUACAUUGACCCUGCCCACAUCUGCAGCCCCGCCCCCUGACUCAGACCACCUCCACCUUGUGUUCAGAGUGCUCUGCCACCUGGUGGUGUUCUGUCCGUACUGCAUCUCCACUUUCAUUGUGGUGUCUUUAUAUCGACAACGGCCCACAGGAAAUGACCUGUCCGUCUCCAUGGUGAUGACCCCGCCCACCCAGGCUGAGCAGGGAUUGGAGGAUGACUAUGAUGAUGUCAUCACUGCUGUCACCACGGAGCAUCACUUCUGAACUGAUGUGAAAUGAAGCUCAAAUGUUUGGAGGGGGUGGAGCCUAUCCCAGCUGACAUCAGGCGAGAGAUUGUUGUUCAUGUUUGUU